AAGCCAACCCCCGACCAAUCAAAGACGUCCCAGUUCUGUUAUAAAUGAGCCUGGCUCAUCGGUGUCGGUACCGGAGAAUGAGAGAACCACUAAGGAAGAAUCUCAAGACGAGAUACUGGACCUGUCUGUCCUUUAGUUUUUAUUUCAAUUUUCUCCUUUCUCCAGGUGUGUUAUAGUAAAGAGCAAGAUGGCCGUGUCUGCCAGUGCCAGCCUGUGUAAAAGCGUCAAGCACCAGUACAUGGACCUUCCUCAGGGAGAUAAAGUCCAGGCCAUGUACAUCUGGGUGGACGGCACCGGGGAGGGUCUCCGCUGCAAAACAAGAACCUUGGAUUUUGAGCCGAAAAGCGUCGAAGAACUACCUGAGUGGAACUUUGAUGGCUCCAGCACCUACCAAGCUGAAGGCUCCAACAGUGACAUGUACCUGAUUCCCUCCGCCAUGUUUCGGGAUCCUUUCCGCAAAGACCCCAACAAGCUGGUUCUGUGUGAAGUGCUGAAGUACAACCGCAAACCUGCAGAAACCAACCUGAGGAUCACGUGCAACAAGGUGAUGAAGAUGGUUGCAGACCAGCACCCCUGGUUUGGCAUGGAGCAGGAGUACACCAUCCUGGGCACGGACGGACACCCCUUCGGCUGGCCGUCCAACGGCUUCCCUGGUCCACAAGGUCCAUACUACUGCGGCGUGGGAGCAGACAAGGCUUACGGGAGGGACAUAGUGGAGGCCCAUUAUAGAGCGUGCCUGUACGCCGGAGUCAUGAUCUGCGGCACCAACGCUGAAGUCAUGCCAGCCCAGUGGGAGUUCCAGGUGGGACCUUGUGAAGGGAUCGACAUGGGGGAUCAUCUUUGGGUGGCUCGUUUCAUCCUGCAUCGGGUCUGCGAAGACUUCGGCGUCGUAGCCUCAUUCGACCCCAAGCCCAUUCCAGGGAACUGGAACGGCGCUGGCUGCCAUACAAACUUCAGCACCAAGGAGAUGCGGGAAGACGGUGGAUUGAAAGCCAUCGAGGAGUCCAUCGAGAGGCUUGGGAAGAGGCACAGCUACCACAUCCGUGCCUAUGAUCCUAAAGGGGGCCUGGACAACGCCCGCCGUCUCACCGGCUACCACGAAACCUCCAACAUCAACGAGUUCUCCGCGGGCGUGGCCAACCGCGGCGCCAGCAUCCGCAUCCCUCGUAGCGUGGGCCAGGAGAAGAAAGGCUACUUCGAGGACCGCCGUCCGUCCGCCAACUGCGACCCCUACGGCGUCACCGAGGCCCUCAUCCGUACCUGUUUGCUGGCCGAGGAAGGAGAAGAACCCGUGGACUAUUAGAUCCACCCUCAAUAGACUGAGCCACUGCCCUUCUAAACUUCUAGUACUGUAUCUUUUCUCUCCCAUUAAGAUGAUUUAACCAGUCUCUUAAAUGGUUGGAAGUUGGCUGGUCAACUUAAAAGAGUAACACUCUGUAGUUACGAGUUGGUAAUGUCAGGGUUUAUCUCCUCUCCUCCUUAGAAGGGAUUGGCUUUUGUAACAUGGUUUUGUAGCCCCUCCCCGGUCAUCUUUCCCUUCGCUGUCUGUCGGUCGGUGACUUAAAUGAACUAAAGCACAUGGACACUGAAGCGUAGCGACGCUGGACAGCAUGUAACAAAUCUUAGUUCAUGUCCUGCUAAUGUACGUCGACCUGACUUUUCUUAACCAUCCAGUGACUAAUUCUUUUGACUUUUAUGAAGUGUCUCUUUUUAAAUGGCAACGUCUGUCUUCGACACACUGGGUUAACUCGUAUGGUACUCUGUGUAGAUGUCCGUGCCCAGACGUAUGAUGUUCAACUGUGGUGGAUUUGUCCAUACUGCCAUUUAUGUAGAUUUCCUCAAGGAGUUUUAUCCUUUCGUUAACGACGGUAUUGUAACACACCUGUUUUGGCAAGACAUCAUGUUAACCAGGUGAUUUUAUUGAUACAUUUAAAGCUUUUAUUUUUAUCACAA